CAGCCUCUGUCGCCGGGGCCGGGGCCCCCGUGAGGCCGCACCUCGGGACGGUGUCGUCCCUCCCCACGCGCACAGUCAGGGAUGCGGUUUCGACCCGGCCUUUUCUGACGAGGCCUGGCUGCGUCCCGCUGGCCCUCGGCCGUGCGCGACGCCGUUUACCGGCGGGGCUGCGCGGUUAAAUAGGAAAGCAUGCCGGGGCCGCGAUAGCCCAGGCCGGCCCGACACCGCUGUCUGUCGGGGGCGAAGGGUCUCACCGGGCGGGAGCGGGCGGUGCCGGGGAGCAGCGGAAAGUAGGCCCACGGUGGGGAGAAAGGUGGUGCUUGGAAACCGAAGCAAGGGUUGGUGGCGGGCUGGCCGUCUUCUGUGGUGCGGGUAGCUCGGCCGGGUGGUAAGGCGCAGCUGGUCGUGCCCAGGUACACCGGCCACUAGAGUGGAAAGUCAGGUGAAUUAUCUGAUGGAGUUGAAAGUCUACAACGAGCAUUGCAGAAAUUCAGAAAGAUGUGGAAUAUCGACUGCCGUUCACUGUAAACAACUUGACAAUUAAUAUUAACAUCUUGCUUCCACCUCAGUUUCCUCAGGAAAAACCAGUCAUCAGUGUUUUCCCACCUGUGAGACAUCAUUUAAUGGACAAGCAAGGAGUAUAUGUGACUGGUCCGUUAAUAAGUAAUUUUACGAUGCACUCAGAUCUUGGAAAAAUUAUUCAAAGUUUACUGGACGAAUUUUGGAAGACACCUCCAGUUCUGGCUCCCAGCUCAGCAUCAUUUCCAUACCUUUUCAACAAACCAGCUGGAAUGCCUCCAUUUGCUCCUCAGGGGUUUCCAUUUCUUCCUCCAUACCCACCCCAAGAAACAAAUAGAAAGAUGGCAGCCGUGCCAAUUGCUGAACCAGUCUCUUCAAGCUAUGCUACAGACAAACCUGCUGCUCCCUCUUAUGGCUUGAUUGCUGAUCUGCCACUACCUGUUCCAACAGCAGAAGCAGCGCUUCAGGUUGGCCAGAAUGGAUUUAAUUACAAGAUGCCCGAUGUUCCUGAUACAUUUCCAGAACUCUCAGAACUAAGUAUAUCGCAGCUGACCAGUAUGAACGAGCAAGAGGAAGUGUUACUGGAACAGUUUGUGACUCUGCCGCAACUGAAGCAAGUCAUUACCGACAGAGAUGAGUUAGUGAAGAGCAUUGAAGAGCUGGCAAAAAAAAACUUGUUGCUGGAGCCUAGUCUUGAGGCAAAAAGACAGAUGGUGUUGGAUAAAUAUGAGCAACUCACACAGAUGAAAGCAGCCUUUGAAAAAAAGAUGCAAAGACAGCAUGAACUUAGUGAGAGUUGCAGUCCAAGUGCUCUGCAAGCCAGACUUAAGGUAGCUGCUCAUGAAGCUGAGGAGGAAUCUGACACAAUUGCAGAAGACUUCUUGGAAGGCAAAACAGAAAUAGAUGACUUUCUUAGUAGUUUCAUGGAAAAGAGAACGCUCUGCCACUGUAGACGAGCCAAAGAGGAAAAACUUCAACAGGCAAUAGCAAUGCACAGCCAAUUUCAUGCUCCGCUAUAGACUCCCUGCAAACUACACCUGCCAAGAGAAGUGAAAAACCCAAGAAAGCACACUUUUUAAUAGCUAUUAUUUGCAAAUUAGCAUUUCAUCUUGUAUGGUUGUAUUUAUAGAACAGAUUGUAUAGAGUUGGGAUGGUUUUUGUACAAAUUAGAAUGUCUCUUUAUAUUCUCAUUGUACUCAAGAAUCCUUCUAUUGCAAUCUUUGCACUAAUUUCUUGUAUUUAUUGUUGAUAAUUCUUACUAUAUUUAAGUUCCUGCUGCUAUACUCCAUUCUUCAGAGAUUAAAUAUCUAAACAUGUAAUUUUGACUAGCUUUUUACAUUUUUAUAAAAACACAAUUCAUAUAUUUUGUAUUUCGAACGUUAAACAUAGAUUGGGCUUAUCUGUGAAAGAGUGAGAUACAUGGUGAUAAGACUUUGGAAACUGAAGAAGUUCACGAUUAGAGAUUGUCGGUGGAUUCACAAGUUGUCUUUUCUUGAAGCCAAAAUGUUUAAGAACAAGUUUUUUUACUUUUAAGUAAUAAUACAAAACUUAAGUAUAGCCUGUAUUGUGUUUUGGAUAAGUAGAUUUGGAUUAAGCAAAGGAUGUGUUGGAACAAAUUACAUUGGAUUCAAAACAGAAUAAAUGAUCUCUGCAUAGAUUUGGUAUGUUGCUCAGUAGCACUAAUGCACUUGAUUUCAGGACUGACUUGGUACCUACCACUGUAAUUAAACACAUUUUUCAUCCAACA